GUGUUUUGUCCUAAAUGUUUCGUAUUCUAACGCACCCGAGUGAAAACGACUGCUAGCGAUGGAGGAAAAGCCAGCCCCGCAGAUCGGCAGCGGUGGCGAGCUGUUUAGCUUACCGGCUGGUCCGGCAACAUUAUGCUUCGACAAGAACGAAUUCAUGAAGAAAACGUUCUCGGUCGAUGAGUUUCUGCACGAGAACCGAAAUGCCGGCAGUUUGGAAAUCAUCCGCGAUGAUCUGGGCCUCUAUCUGAAAGUGCUCCGAUCAGCCAUGAUCGAACUGAUCAAUCAGGAUUACGCAGACUUUGUCGAUCUUUCGGCGAACCUUAUCGGGCUGGAUCAGCAGAUUGGUGCCAUCGAGGGACCGUUGAAAAAGUUGCGCGAAGAGGUAGACCAGGUGAAGGGCGCACUAGAGGCCAGUAUGAGCGAGAUUGCCAGCUGUCUCGAGCAGAAAAAGCUGUUACGGUCGUACAAAAAAUCGCUUCAAAGUCUGGGCAGGGCGCAAGCUUCGCUAAACAAGCUAGAAGGCAUGCUGUUGCUGAGCGAAAGGAAAGAUCCGUUCGAUGCUACGCUGCUUGAGCGAGCGGCACUUGAGUCGAUCCAGCUGCAAUUUAACAGUAAAUUCUGUCACAGCUUCCUCGAUGACAGCAAGCGACAACUCGCCCAAGACCUGUGGAACGAGCUGCUGGAUCGCUUAAAAAGUUACUUUUUGCAUGCACUGAACCAACCGGAAUCGAAGGAGCUGGAACGCUGUCUUCGUAUAUACUGCACGCUGGAUGAGUGCUGCACGGCGGAGGAAGUUUUUCGUGGCGAAAUUGUAGCUCCCUUUAUGAACCGUGUCAUCUCGGAAACGAGUCUGCAGAACUCUCCACAAGGUUUGACCGGUAUUUACAACCAGAUACUGGACUUUGUGUCGAUGCACAUGAAACAACUGUGCCAGUUAACGAAACGCAACGGAAAGGUUAAGGGCUACAGUUUCAUUGUGAACAGCUUUUGGGCGGAAGUUGAGCGACGCAUGGAAACAAACAUGUCAUCCAUCUUUGCUCCCGGUAAUCCGGAUGCCUUCUAUCAGAAGUAUAAAUGCACGCUCGAGUUUCUGGAGCGCAUCGAGCUGAUCAUCGACGAUGCGGAUGAUGUGGCCCAGUUCAAGGCACACGCACAGUAUCGCAGCUUUCAACUGCGCUGGAAUCUGCCGGUUUACUACCAGAUACGGUUCCAGGAGAUUGGUGCCGAGCUGGAGGCUAACUGCAAUGAACCGGCAGCCUCGCAACGGCAGCUGGCAAAAACUAUUUCCGCAUCACAGUUUAAUGUAGGCCAAUUUUCCGUAGCCCUGACGGCCAUAUCGCGAUGCUGGCAGGAUGGUAUAUUUUUGCCACAGCUGUUCCAUCGGUUCCUUAAGCUCACGCUGCAGAUUCUUGCACGGCUUAGUGUAUGGUGUGGAGAAGUGACCCGUUCCACUCCAAAGCAACAACAGGACGGUGGUUCUGAAGAUGGAACGGAACGAGUCCGAUUCAUGGUAGCAAUGUAUUCUGACUUACGAAACAUCGAACUAAAAAUUCCUUCAAUCGUGAACCUUGUCGCGGAGAAGGGCCCAAGCAUAACGUCUCGCACUGAGCUUGAAUCGGUUAUCGGCGAAAGUGGAACGAUAUUUGGCGAUAGGCGUUCUCAGUUGCAGCGUUUGAUUGUGCAGGAAUUGAUCACGGCCAGCAUACCACAGCUCCGGCAAGUAAGUGACAUUCCGCGACUGUACCGGAAGACGAAUCGUGACGUACCGAGCCGAUGCUGCUCAUAUGUAGAGCAGGUCCUAGCACCAACUGGUACGUUCCGGAAGAAUUAUGAGACCAUCAUCGGAGAGGAAGCGAUGCGCGAUUUCCUAACCGCCGUCUACAACCACGUGACAGUGCAAUACUACCAAAUGAUCGACGAAGUAUUAACCUCCGUACAAAAGACGGAAGAAUCAUUGAGACGGUUAAAAAAUCUUCGCGAUCGCUCGGGAACGGCUGCGGCGUCAACGACAACCACAAACACUACCGAUCGCGUAGCACCCACGGAUGAUGAUAAAAUUCGACUACAGCUGCAGGAGGACGUCAUGCACUACGUACGGUUUGUUGAGAAACAGGUAGCGAUUUCCCGCCAAGACGUUAACCAGCUGCCCCAACUGAUCCAGCUGGUCGAGGACGCUAUAAAAGGACGAUCCGUUAGUGAGCAAACACAGUAA